CUUCUCUUCCCUCCAAGCCCUGUUGCGGUUCCCUCUUCGUAGCCGCAAUUGCCAAACUCUUCACUAGGAAGAGGUAGCAGCAGCCAACGCUGCGUCAUUAACCGUUUUCCACGCGCUUCCUUCCUUUUCCGCAACGCCGUCGUUUGCUACCACACCUGUAGUUAACAGAGCUUCGAUUUUUUUUUUCUCAGCGUUGCCAACGCGCUUCUGUCUAUUAGGGUUUCUGUUUGGGGUUUUGGAAGAGCAUGGUGGGGGUUCGGGUAAGUAACAAGGAAGAAUUUCCCGUAAUGGAGAAAGGGGGUUACAGUGAUUCGCAGCUAGUUAGUCACUUCAAAGGUCUACUUGUUGCAGUCACAACGGGUGAUAGAGAGAAUUAUGAUGAGCUCGUUGGUUAUUUGCACCCAAAGAAGAAUCUUAGUCCUGAUGAGGUUGCGGUACUUGUGACAACUUUGAAGGCACUUUCUGGAGCAGUGUCCUUUAUAGAUUCAUUUCAUCACGAAUCCCUUCUCUUUGCUGUUUCAAGAAUGAGCCUCUGGAAUUAUGGAACUGAGGUUAUGGAUGCACUUCUGGAACUCAUUGUAUCUUUGGCUGCUUCCAAUGGAAAAUACAUUGAUUGGUGUUUGGAAAUGCUUGUGAAACAUUUUGUGCCGCCUUUUUACAUCUUUGAUUCUCUAAAACAAGAGAAUGGAAUUGAUAGGAAAGAUAAAGUUCUGUCUCGGGUGCAUGCGGCUUUGAAAGAUAUAGCUGAUUUGGUGCCUCUUGCACCCUUGCGACUUUCUCCUAUAGUUGUCCAGAAUAUGCCUAGUGUCUUUAGUAAUGAACCUGAGACUGUCAUGUAUGUUGAGAAUAUGUUAAAGCUGGAGAGUGGUGCAGUUGGAGAAACUGUUGGUUCUACGAUGCUGCCUGCUCUUGUGGAUAGGUUGCUAGAGUUGGAUGUGGAAAUUGGAUGGGAUGGAAUCUUGCAAGAAGAUACCAGAGGCAUAUUUGAUAUGGAGUUAGAAGACAUUUGUAAAUUUACAGACGAGGAUGAGAAUUUUGAUAGUAUGUCAGAGAUGUUAAAUAGGAAAAAUUUGCAAGGCAACCUGGUUGUUCAAAAGUUAGAUAGUCUAAUAGUGUUGGCUUUCUUGCACCUUGAAUCCUGUCAAAGUAGUGGCCGUUUGGCUGAGGUAUUCGAUAUUCUACUACCUUCAUUUCAGAGAACUGUAUUGAAUGCAUACAACUCAAAAUUUACCCAGUUUGUGAUGUUCUAUGCGUGUGCAUUGGACCCUGAAGGUUGUGGUGUGAAAUAUGCCAUGGUUCUUGCAGAUGUGUUUAGUUAUGAUGUUAAUCCCCCUAUUACAAGGAUGAGUGCUGUUGCUUAUCUUGCUAGUUAUCUGUCUCGUGCUAAGUUCCUUUCUGCUGCAAUGGUCACUACCAUCAUACAAAGCUUGGUUGAUUGGUGCUAUGCUUAUUGCAAAUUACGUGAUUUUGAUAUGAACCCACGAGCACAUCAAGUUUUUUAUUCAGGGUGCCAGGCCAUCAUGUAUAUUCUGUGUUUUCGCUUGAGAUCUUUGAUGGACAUUCCUAGGCUUAAAUUGCAGCUACUUAAUAUGCCCAUGGAGGCAAUCUGGAAACAUAAAUUGAGUCCGUUGAAGGUUUGUUUGCCUACUGUAGUAGUUGAGUUUCUCAGACAGGCAAAGGCUGCUCAACUUUUCAUGGCAUCAGACUCAUUUGUUUUCAAUGAUGUGCUGGAGUCUGAUCUUUCCAAGGCUUAUGGCGGGAUGGAUAGACUCGACAUGUUCUUUCCAUUUGAUCCAUGUUUGUUGAAGAAAAGUGAAAGCUACAUAAGACCACAUUUUGUUCGCUGGUCCAAAGUCAGAACUACGUACGAUGAUGACAUUGACGAAGUAAGUGACAAUGAUAGUGAAGUAUCAGAUGAUGAUUUUGUUGGCAGGAAUACAGAAGAGAUUAUUGAUGAUGAUGAUAUGGUGGUCACCGUUGAAGAUCUUGAUUUCAACCCUGACUUGAACAAAAUGUCCAUUACGCCCAAAAAUUCGUUGAAAUAUGGUAUGCGAAUGCCAGCAAGAAUCAGACCUUCCACUAGUCCAGAGUCUCUAUAAAAUUUGGAGUUGUAUCCAAUACAAUGAGGGAGUUGCUUCAAAGGAAAAAAAAAGUUGGAAUUAUAACCGUUCUUUGAAGUAAUUCUUCACAGUAUAGCAUAGUGAAAAGAUACGAAGGGGUCAUAUAUCAUCAUUUUUGUAUUUAUCUGGUUGUGUUAAAGUGAGUAGUAGGUGCAGCCAAGUUUUGGGAUUCGUCCCCUGCUAUCGUGUAAUUGUAAUGUAUGUUAAUGAUUAUGUGCCGCAUGAAAUACAGUUAUUCCAAGAUUUAUGAAACAAUAUUUUUAGUUUUUAAUUUAAA